GCGAUGUAAGCUGUUUUGGAAGUGUGUUUAUGUAUGUUAUUCCCUAUUCCAGAAAAUUUGUUGCUAUAUUAACAAGAAUUCUAGAGAGUAUGACUUCAUGUCAAGCAGCAAUGGUACCAUUAGGACCAACACCUAUUCAUCCUCAGUCAGUCCCAAAUAACACUGCUUCAGCCCCAGCUGCUUUGAACACAUCUGGUGGAGGUUCAACUAAAUCAAACUCGAGUGUGAAACCAAACUACACCCUAAAGUUCACACUUGCAGGACAUACCAAAGCAGUGUCUUCUGUCAAGUUCAGCCCUAAUGGAGAAUGGUUGGCCAGUUCUUCUGCAGACAAGCUGAUAAAGAUCUGGGGAGCUUACGAUGGCAAAUUUGAGAAGACAAUAUCAGGUCACAAGCUUGGGAUAUCUGAUGUAGCUUGGUCAAGUGACAGCAGACUCCUGGUCAGUGCCUCUGAUGACAAAACCCUGAAGAUAUGGGAGCUGAGUUCAGGAAAGUGCCUCAAGACAUUAAAAGGACAUAGCAACUAUGUGUUCUGCUGCAACUUCAACCCACAGUCAAACCUCAUCGUGUCAGGAUCGUUUGAUGAGAGUGUGCGCAUCUGGGAUGUGAGGACAGGGAAAUGUCUCAAGACACUACCAGCCCAUUCAGACCCUGUCAGUGCUGUGCACUUCAAUAGAGAUGGAUCUCUAAUAGUCUCCAGCAGUUAUGAUGGACUCUGCCGAAUAUGGGAUACAGCUUCAGGCCAGUGUCUGAAGACAUUGAUAGAUGAUGACAAUCCACCUGUAUCCUUUGUGAAGUUCUCACCCAAUGGCAAAUACAUUCUGGCAGCCACAUUGGACAACACGCUGAAGCUGUGGGACUACAGCAAGGGCAAGUGCCUCAAGACUUACACUGGACACCGCAAUGAGAAGUACUGCAUCUUUGCAAAUUUCUCAGUGACAGGAGGAAAGUGGAUUGUGUCAGGGUCAGAAGACAACUUUGUCUACAUCUGGAACCUGCAGACAAAAGAGGUGGUCCAGAAACUGCAAGGACACACAGACGUUGUUCUUUGCACGUCCUGCCACCCCACAGAGAACAUCAUCGCUUCAGCUGCACUGGAAAAUGACAAGACCAUCAAACUAUGGAAAAGUGAUACAUAACAAGCGGACUACUGAAAGUGUUGUGUAUUUAUUUGUAUUGGCAGACAAAUUUUAUAUCGGAGGCGAUGGUUACUUGAACAGGUGAGCGGCAAGAUAUGUGUGAAUGCAUUGAUUAUUUAGAAGUGGCCCAUAUUUGUAAGAAGGAUUCAGCAGAUUUUUUGUACCGAUGAUUGUUACAGGGGUUGUGUAAUUGUAGCCACAUGUCCCAAUCCCUUGUUUCACGAUAUUGUUUCGUAAAAUAGGACAAUAAUAUAUAAUAAGGAGCGUCAAGCAGAGGUAAAAAUAUAGCAAGAUAAAAGUUAUUUGAUUCUUGAAAUCAAAGUGAAAGCUCACUACUAUAUCAGAUGAUGAAAUUACAAAACUGCCAUAAUGAACCUGUGCCAUAUUCAUAUCAAAGACUCGGAACAACACCAGGGCACGAAGUCCACUAAAUGUGCUGCAUAUUCUCUUCUUCCAUGUGGGAAUUUAAAACUUUGCUAUCCUUUUUAUUUCACUGCCCACUCCUUGUCAAAAGAGAGCAUAGAGCACGAUUUAAGUGAAAAUGUGUGCAGGAGCUUUUCAUUGUGGCAUUGCAUGGUCCGUAAUCAUCCCAAGGUUAGAACUAAAUUGCAGUUUAGUUCACUUGGCAGUCUUGACCAGAGCAGCAACUGUUUUGUAAGUUAUUGCUUCUGAUUUAGUAACAAAAACCAGAGCCAUAUCAAAUUUUCCAAAUGAUUUCCCCUCGUAACUCACAUAACGCAUUUUGCUUGUCGAUAAACUGUAAAAUGGAUAAAUGUCUUUUUAGUUGGAAAAUGUAUGUACUCGUCCAUAUUAAUGAUACGUGUGUAGUUACGCUACUUAUCCAACUAUCAGCUUAUGAUAAUAGAUUUUGUUGAUUCUCUGAACAGCGAUACAGUUACAAUGUAUUUUCCAGCCACAUGUAUAAAUAAUUUGGAAAUAUUUCUGAAAUGUAUUUUUAUGUUCUACAUAUUUUAGCAAUGUUGGCUUGACUGUGGCAAGCAGUGACUUGUCUUAUUUCAGCUAUUCUCAAUAAAGUCUCUGUAAAAUUU